ACUCAAGCACUACUAUCACGGUUUUAAACUGCUGGGACUGAACAUUAAAAUUUCGUCGAGUUUAACCGUGAAGAAGAUAAAAGGUCAAGAGCUCACGCGAAGAGAACACAAUUUAUUAGUGCAAACCAUGGCCGAUCUUUUUCGCCUUGUACCUUUCUCCGUGUUUAUCGUCGUGCCGUUCCUCGAAUUUACAUUACCCAUUUUCAUUAAGCUCUUUCCGGGUAUGUUGCCAACUACGUUCCAGACAGAUCAGGACCAGGAAACAAAACUCAAACAGUCUCUCAAGGUGAAGCUAGAGAUGGCUAAAUUCUUGCAGGAGACUCUCAACAGCAUGUGCGUGGCCAGAAAGAGCUAUACGUGCGAAAACGCUAAGGAAUUCGCCGAUUUCUUUGCCAAGGUCAGGCAAAAAGGAGUGGUCAUACCGGCCGAAGACAUUCUCAAGUUUUCCAAGUUGUUCAAAGACGACAUUACUUUAGAUUCGCUCGGCCGACCACAGCUGGUGGCCUUGUGCCGUGUCCUCGACAUCCGACCAAUUGGAACUUCAAACGUUUUAAUAUGGCGAAUAAAACUGAAACUCAGGUCGCUGGCGAUCGACGAUAAGGUGAUCCAAAAAGAAGGCGUGAACUCUCUGUCGCUGGCCGAACUCCAACAAGCGUGCAAGGCUCGCGGUAUGCGCGCUUAUGGUUUAGCCGAAAAACGGUUACGGCAACAGCUGACACAAUGGUUGGACUUGUCGUUGAACGAGAAAGUGCCCCCGUCGUUGUUAAUCAUGAGCAGCGCGUUCGGCUUUACCGAAAACAUUCCCACCAGCGAUUUGCUGGUCAAAGCUAUUUCGUCUUUGCCCGACUCGGUGGGCGUGUCGACCGAAGCGGAUUUGGGAGAGCGCGUAGGCGCCAUCGACAACAAAGCCAAACUGGAAGCUACCAAAAUGGAAAAACAGAAAUGCGAAGAAGAAAGAAAAGAACGUAUUGAAGAGUCUAAAGCUGGCUGCGGGUUCACGCCGUCUGCUUCUUGUGGGAAAUCCAACGAGGUGGGCGAUGGGCGCAACGGCGGAGUGUCGACGAAGGACUUGAAGACCCUGGAGUGUGCGAUCGAAAACUUGGAUCAGAAAAAGCUAAUCGUCGAAAAAGAAGAAAUCAAAGAACUCAAAGGCGAACUCAAAUGCUAUCAAAAAGUAACACAUUGCACUUUUUACAGAAAGGAAGAAAAAGUCAGCGAGUCCAAAGCGGCCAAACGUCUGUUCAAGCAAGUGAACAACAUGAUUACGAACAUGGAUUUGGCCGUAAAGGAGCUGGAGGAAAAAGAGAAAACAACUAUUAAUAUGACGUUUGUUAUACAUUAUAUAAUGACGUAUGACAGUGAACUAAUCAAGAUAGACGAAAUCAUAGGAGCGGUAAAAAAGCUGCAGAGCGUACCUGACGAACACAGAUUGCAAAAAAUCAGUCAAGUCCUGAGUAAAUUAGACAUUGAUAAAGAUGGUUCCAUACCGUUGGACACUGUAUUAAAGGUGCUUCAGUUAAUUGGAACGGAAAACGUUAAGUUGUCACCCAAAGAAAUGGAAAUGAUCACCCAAUUAGUCACCAAAGAAAAAGAAAUGAAUGACAAAACAAACGAUGAAAGUAAAAACAAAUAAAUGUAAUGUCGCUGACCUUAAAUCGGACACAAAAACGACAGUCCAGC